CUCAGAAUUACAGGUUAAUGAGGCUCCAGCUGAUCGCCAGGUGCUUCUUAGUCAGUUUCGAAGCCACGGUGUAAGAACACGUCAAGAGCGAACCAUUUCCGGAAACGAAAGUCUCGUUUCUGGACAACGCUAAGAUGCUGAAGAUUCUGAUUCUGUUCGGUGUCCUUGUCUUCACUUCCACUGCCUCCGAACCUAUCGCCGAGGAAUACAGGCCCAAGACACAGCCCACUCAGGAGGUCCUCAAAUACGUGUUGAAGUACGGCCUCGGAGGACAUGAAGGCGUCGGCACAGACAGCAUGACGAGGGCAGGGCUGUGUGAGAAGCCUGAGACACCCUCCUGCGAAGACUUUUUCGGCGACGCUGAUCCCUCCUGCUUCGAAGACAGAACUUCCUGCGAAAUGAAUGAUUUAGGAAAAUGCAAACUGUGGUGGCAAGACAGUUGCAAAUGCGACUUCAUUGAGUGGAAUCGCUGCGGGGAGAGUUCGAAUACAUUCUGCUGCAUUGAAUGCAGAAAUGACAUCUCCUCGGAGUGCACACGUCAAGGAGGCGAGUGCAGGAAAACGUGUGCCAGGUUCCACGAGGCAGUCAACGCCACGUGCACAAGCCCAUCGUGUAGUUGCUGCUCCAAGUGCGAGAGCGUCUCCUGCGAAGAGGCCAAAGACGGCAGCCAGUGCGUCACUUCCGCCUCCUUCUGCCUGCACGGAUACUACGCGGACCCUGACAGCUGCAGCGGCGACUGUGUCUGUUGCAGGCCUUGCUUAGCCAGUCAGGAGUGCAUAGAUAAUCAUGGCUAUCCGGAAAACGUGAAAUUUGAUUGCAAGACCGGAUAUGAAGCCUCUUAUGUCUCCGGUUCUUGCAAGUGUUGCAAACCAGAGGGUCAAGCGCCUUGCCUCAGGAACGGGGAGAGAAAUAUGGGUCCAGCUGACUUCUGCAUCCCUGAGAAAUGUCCUCCGAAUUACUAUGAGUAUCAGACAGGGUGCAGCUCUAACACUGGCGAGGAUUGUCGAUGCUGUGAGGCUGGAGGCUGGCAAAGGUGCCUGAAGGGGAAGACCUGCGCGGAUGAUGACGGAUGCUGCACUUCGUCCGAGUGCCCUUGCUCGGGUUAUCGGAACGUCACGGAAGGUUGCGACAGUCGAGACGAUGUUGCCUGCACUUGCUGCGUGCACGAGUGUAAGCUGACAUCCUAAGAGAUUAUUCCUGAGAUAAAUUCCAGGAACUGCCAUCAUUAUCAUCAGAGCUGAACAGCAUUUUGGAUAGGUUUUGUCGUUUUUCUUUUCCCUCGAUGAAUAUAUACUAAUUGAAACUCAGUGUAAUAAGAAAGCAAAGACCUGAGAUUUUUUUUUAUAAUAACUUUUCUAAUCUUAGAUAAUACAGAUUAUACUUUUGAACUCUAUGCUUUUUGAUUAUGGAAUAUACAUAUUGAUUAUAGAACAUACUUAUACUUUUUUAUCGAUGAUAUUUUUGGCUACAGUUAAAACUUUUUAAAUUAUUGGUUAUACUAUUUGAUAGCGAUUAUUAAAUUAUACUUUUUACAGUUUCCUUUACAACAAAGUAAAAUGCCUGAAAAUUAUUGCAGACUAAAAAGAUUUACGAGUCUUUUGAAAAGAACAUUGCAUAUUUAUUUAAGAUCAUUGUAAUGUUUUUAAAUUCUGUACUUCUAUAACAUGAGAUAUUUCACAUUGGUCCCUUUGUAAGCCAGCAAAGUGAUAUACUUUGGAGCUUGAAUAAAUAAUGUUCACAUUGACAAAAUAA